UCUCUUUCAAUAAAACCCAAUUUUCUUUUCACUUUGGCUCUCUCGGUGACCCCUUUCUCUUAAAUUUCUCUUGGGGUCGCCCAAAAUCAUAAAAAAAAGUAAAAAAUUUCUUAAAAAUUUCAACUUUUUCAUUCAAUUCCUAAAUUACUAAUCAAAUUUAAUCCGAAAAAACUAAAAAAAAAGUAAGUUUCUUUUUGUUUUUUUUUUGUUCAAAGAACUUUUUCAACCAUGUCGGAGAUGGCGAACACUGAUCCCGAAGGGAUUGACGCCGUACGGAUGACGUGGAAUGUUUGGCCACGUACUAAAGUGGAAGCGAGCGCCUGUGUUAUUCCGUUAGCCGUUUCCAUUGCUCCGAUCCGGUCACACCCGGACAUCCCGACGCUCCCUUACUCGCCUUUACGGUGCAAGUCCUGUUCUUCCGCGCUCAAUGCUUUCGCGCGCGUUGAUUUCACCGCCAAGAUUUGGAUCUGUCCGUUCUGUUACCAGCGCAACCAUUUCCCCCCGCAUUAUGCGAUGAUCUCCGAUACGAACCUGCCUUGUGAACUCUACCCGCAAUAUACCACGGUGCAAUACUCGCUUCAAGCGAAUCCCGAUCCAAACAACCCUUCCAAUGUGCCUCAAUUGCCGCCGGUGUUUGUGUUCGUGUUGGACACGUGUAUGAUCGAGGAAGAGCUUGGUUUCGUUAAAUCGGCGAUGAAACAGGCUCUUGGGUUGUUGCCGGAACACGCGCUUGUUGGGUUCGUUUCGUUUGGGACUCAAGCGCAUGCUCAUGAAUUGGGGUUCUCGGAUAUAUCAAAGGUCUAUGUUUUCAGGGGUGAUAAGGAGAUUUCUAAGGAACAAGUGUUGGAGCAGUUGGGCCUUGGUUCUGCCGGGCGGCGGCCGACCGCUGGAUAUCCGAAAGGCCUGCAAAAUGGGCACUCAAAUACCGGCGUUAACCGGUUUCUUUUGCCUGCUUCCGAUUGCGAGUACACCCUCAAUUCGUUGUUGGAUGAGUUGCAAACGGAUCAGUGGCCUGUACAACCGGGCAAUAGGGCGUCGAGGUGCACCGGAGUGGCCUUAAGUGUUGCAACAGGAUUGCUUGGAGCCUGCAUGCCUGGAACUGGUGCUAGGAUUAUUGCUUUGGUUGGUGGUCCAUGUACUGAAGGGCCGGGGACGAUUGUUUCGAAGGACUUGUCAGAACCUGUACGUUCACAUAAAGAUCUUGAUAAGGAUGCUGCACCAUAUUUUAAGAAAGCAGUCAGAUUUUAUGAUAGUCUUGCAAAACAGUUAGUCAGCCAGGGUCAUGUACUAGACCUUUUUGCAUCUGCACUUGAUCAGGUUGGGGUUGCCGAAAUGAAAGUUGCAGUUGAAAGAACUGGUGGCCUUGUUGUUCUAGCUGAAAGUUUUGGUCAUUCUGUAUUUAAAGGUUCUUUCAGGCGUAUGUUCAAGGACGGAGAACAAUCUCUUGGCCUAUGUUUUAAUGGCCUGCUUGAGAUCAACUGUUCAAAAGACAUCAAAAUUCAAGGGGUCAUUGGACCUUGCACUUCUUUGGAGAAGAAAGGACCUAACGUCUCUGACACAGUCAUUGGUGAGGGGAACACUUCAGCAUGGAAAAUGUGUGGCCUUGACAAGAGUACAUGCUUGACAGUUUUAUUUGAUGUUUCAUCAACUGAGCGAUCAAAUGCCCCAGGAACGGCGAAUUCACAGCUUUAUUUGCAGUUUCUUACAAGUUAUCAAGACCCUGAAGGUAAAAGAAUGCUUCGAGUUACUACUUUGACAAGACAAUGGGUAGACAGUGCUGUUAGUUCAGAGGAAUUAGUACAUGGUUUUGAUCAAGAGGCUGCUGCUGUUGUAAUGGCAAGAGUAACUUCUCUAAAAAUGGAGAUGGAGGAUGGGUUUGAUGCUACACGGUGGUUGGAUCGGAAUCUCAUUCGAGUUUGUUCCAAAUUUGGAGAGUAUCGGAAGGAUGAUGCAUCAUCUUUUACAUUAAACCCUUGCUUUUCUUUGUUCCCUCAAUUUAUGUUUAAUCUACGACGGUCACAAUUUGUUCAGGUUUUUAACAACAGUCCGGAUGAAACUGCCUACUUUCGAAUGUUACUAAACAGAGAAAACAUUACAAAUGCAGCUGUUAUGAUUCAACCAUCAUUAAUAUCGUAUUCAUUCAACUCGCUGCCUCAACCAGCAUUAUUGGAUGUGGCUUCCAUUUCAGCUGAUCGUAUUCUCUUGCUAGAUGCAUAUUUCAGUAUUGUUAUAUUCCAUGGUAUGACAAUAGCACAGUGGCGCAACAUGGGUUACCAGAGUCAGCCUGAACAUCAGGCAUUUUCACAGCUUUUGCAAGCACCUCAUGUUGAUGCCCAAAUGAUUCUUCAGGAGCGCUUCCCUGUCCCUAGAUUGGUUGUAUGUGAUCAACAUGGAUCCCAGGCAAGAUUUUUGUUAGCAAAAUUGAACCCAUCAGCAACAUACAAUAAUUCCAUCGACAUGGCUGCUGGAUCAGAUGUAAUAUUUACAGACGAUGUAAGCCUACAAAUCUUCUUCGAGCAUCUCCAGAAGUUGGCCGUGCAAUCUUGAUUGUAUAAAACAGUUGAACGACGUAAAUUUUUGGUAUGUGAAAUUCUGUCAGUGUGGGUUCUCCUCAGUUUUACGUAUGAGAGGUCCGGUACCUUCACAGUAGUUCAUCGGACAGGCGCGGUUAAGGCAACAAUGAGGUCAUAGAGAGUUUGAGAAUAUUAGUUGAAGGAACCCGUCAUCGGGGACCGGUUAGGAACAUACUCGACAGAAUUUCGAUUUUGUUAUUGGUUUUGUAUACAAUCAGAUCAAGUGAGGUGGCAGUCUAUGUGUUGUAUAUAUGGAAUUUUCAGGUCAUGAAUACAUACCUCAAAACUAGGGGUUGAGAGACUUGUAUAGAUGGGGAAGUUAAAUGAAGAUGGGGUUAUUUUUGUUUUGUUUUUAUUUAUGUCUUGAGUUAAAAGUUCAAAACUUUAAAGCAUCCAAAGUUAAAUAUGAAUUUUAUGGUUGGUUUUUUUUA